AUGGCGCCAGAGGAUGUAAUUGCGCUCGUCACUUAUGUCUCGUUGCUGGUCUCUUCUAUCACCGUCGGGUUGAGAGUUUUUGUCAGGUGUCGAUGGCUCAAGGGCGGAUUGAGGUUAGAUGAUUGGUUGAUGAUUGUCGCCAUGAUCUUGUACCUUGGCUUUUGCGCUGCUGCUAUUGCGUUGACCAUAGUCGAACGACGAAAUCCAAAUCUCACAGAGCAGAGUGCGGAUUUGAUAUUANCAGGUGAGCUGAAUCGCGUCCGAAUUAUUUCCGCAGAUACUGAGAUGCCGAUACCAUCACAGUUGAUUGCCAUCGCGGAAGCAGUUUUCAUGGUCACGAGCAUUGCCUUCAAGAUCUCCCUGGCCAUAUUCUUUCGCCAAUUUCUCCUCGAGCGCAUACAACGUCGCGUGAUUUGGCUCAUCACAUGCGCAUACUGUGUCUUUUCCAUACUUGGCCUCGUUCUCGGCUUAUUCGAAUGUGGUGCACCCGUGCAUCUGGCGAGGAAGCGAAUCAAUGGCCAUUGUAUCCCAAUGCCUUGGUGGAACGGUCUGUUGUAUGUCCAUGGCUCGGUGUCAGCAUUCUCGGACUGGACCUUUGCCUUGCUGCCGAUCUUGAUUCUGUGGAAAUCAUCCAUGCCCACAAGGAAAAAGUUGGGUGUAACCNUUUUAAUGGUCAUCGCCGUCUGUGGUUCUCUGUGUGCAAUUCUUCGCACCAUAUACGUCGGCUCUCUCCAAUUUGACGCUCGGUAUUAUGAUGUCAAACACCAACCAAAUUACUACAAGGCCACUGCUCUUGUAAUUAAUAUGGCAACUCUAGAGUUGGGUAUUGGCAUCACAGCAGCGUCUGCGGCUUGUCUGAUGCCCCUGUUCAGGCACCUCGCAGCUCUCUUCCGGCAUGGUAUCUUCAGCAGAUUUGGAUCGCAACCCUUCCAGGAAGGACACAAGGAAGCCACACUGACAGACCAGAACAAUCAAACACCAGAUUCCUGGAUGGAGACAGUCACACCACACCACCACAAAUCGCUAGUGGAUGGAGACAUGGAUCUCAAAAUGCUGGGGAUACUGCCCAACGUUGAUUCAAUAGAGGUUGAGGAUAUUUCGAAA